GAAUUUAUUCACUUCUGCCGCUUUGACGCUUCUCUCCGCUGCAAACAAAAAGAAGCCCGACGGCCGAGCUGCACGAGCGGCUUCAUCCCGACCGACCACCGACCGAGUCCCCGCGGGUCGCUCGACUCUUCGUGACGGAACCCGGACAGUCGCGUCCCCCGCUGCCCCGCGAUGGCGUCUGCUGCUCGCUCCGCCGGAGGCUUGUCGCGGUGAAGAGAAGAAGAUAAGGUUGAUCCGUCGCCUCGCCAGAUGUGGCCGCCGCCUCUGCUGAGACUCCUGUUCAUGAACGGCGAGGAUGCGUUGAUCGAGCGGCCGCGGCUCGGCCUGGAGGGAUGACAGGACUUCAGCAGACAUGGAGACAGGAGAGACACGCAGUCAGAUGGAAACGCCACAUUUACCAAGUCUAGAUUCUCCACAUUAAGAUCCCCUCAGGUUAAAGAGUAAAACCCUAUUUUUAUAUACAUAUAUGUAUUUUAUCCAGAGCAGUUUUUGUUAGUUUUUUGCGAAGCCAUACAUACGCAGGCGUCAGGAUGAGCUCGGAGGGUUUUCAGUACCGAGCGCUGUACGACUACAAGAAGGAGAGGGAGGAGGACAUCGACCUGCACGUCGGGGACGUGCUGCUGGUCAGCAGGGGGGCGCUGCUCGCGCUCGGCUGUGGCAACGGAGCCGAGGAGCGACCGUCGGAGAUCGGAUGGCUGCCGGGCUUCAACGAGACCACGCAGGAGAAAGGUGAUUUCCCGGGAACAUACGUGGAGUUUGUUGGUAGAAAGCGGAUGUCCCCGCCCACUCCGAAGCCCCGCCCACCCAGACCACCGUCUGCGGCGUCGGCAAGGACCGACUCAGAGUCCGAGGGCUUUAUGUUGCCGGACCUGCCGGAGCAGUUCGGACCCCCAGACUCGGCCCCGCCCCUCCUCAGCAGACUGAUGGAGGCUGUAGAGACCAAAGGUCUGGACAGUCCCGGUGUGUAUCGCAGUGUGAGCGGCGGAGGUGUGGACUCCCGGCAGCUGGCCGACACCGACCUGGAGCAGCUGGAGGUGUCGUCCCUGUGUGACGGGGUGGUCCGGUUCCUGCUGGACCUCCCCGGUCCCGUCCUCCCCUCCUCCCUGCAGGCUGACAUGAUCCACGCAGUGCAAGAGGUGCGAGAGCUGGAGGACUGCGCCCAGGUGCUGCGCGGCGUGGUGAGCUCGCAGGCCUGCCCGGCCCAGUAUGGCCUGACCCUGCUCAGCGUGGUCCGACACCUCGCCCGCCUCUGUCUGCACAGCGCUUGGAACCAGCUGAGCCCCCGACAGCUGGCCGAGAGCUUCAGCCCCCUGCUGUUCAGACAGACUGCAGGGUCCGAGUCCGGGUCAGAUUCUCUGGUUCAGGCCCUGGAGGUUCUGAUAACCAGCGAGCUCAACAUGAACCAGGCUGCACCAGCUUUACCUCCUAAACCGGCGAAGCCUUCUCCUCCGGCAGCUUCCAGCAGCUUCAACAACAGCAUGGCCCUGCAGGACGCCGAGUGGUACUGGGGAGACAUUUCCAGGGAGGAGGUGAACGAGAAGCUGCGAGACACGGCCGACGGUACGUUUCUGGUGCGAGACGCCUCCACGAAGAUGCACGGAGACUAUACUCUGACUCUGAGGAAAGGAGGCAACAACAAGCUGAUAAAGAUUUUCCAUCGCGAGGGGAAGUACGGCUUCUCCGACCCGCUGACCUUCAGCUCGGUGGUGGAGCUGAUCAAUCACUACCGCCACGAGUCCCUGGCCCAGUACAACCCCAAGCUGGACGUCAAGCUGCUCUACCCGGUCUCCAAACACCAACAGGACCAGGUGGUGAAGGAGGACAGUAUUGAGGCCGUGGGCAAGAAGCUCCACGAGUAUCACCUGCAGUACCAGGAGAAGAACCGAGAGUACGACCGGCUGUACGAAGAGUACACCAGAACCUCACAGGAGAUCCAGAUGAAGCGGACGGCCAUCGAGGCUUUCAACGAGACCAUCAAGAUCUUCGAGGAGCAGUGUCUGACUCAGGAGCGCUUCAGCAAAGAGUACAUCGAGAAGUUUCGCAAAGAGGGCAAUGAGAAGGAGAUCCAGAGGAUCAUGGAGAACUACGACAAGCUCAAGUCUCGGAUCAGCGAGAUUGUGGACAGUAAGCGCCACCUGGAGGUGGACCUGAAGAAACAGGCGGCCGACUACAGGGAGAUCGACAAGAAGAUGAACAGCAUCAAACCGGACCUGAUCCAGCUCCGCAAGACCAGGGACCAGUACCUCAUGUGGCUCACCCAGAAGGGAGUUCGUCAGAGGAAACUCAACGAGUGGCUCGGCCUGAAAAACGAAACAACGGAGGACGAGUACAGCAUGGUGGAGGACGAGGAGGACCUGCCGCACCACGACGAGCGACUGUGGCGUCUGGGAAACAUCAACCGCCUCCAGGCCGAGUCUCUGCUGCGGGGGAAGCGCGACGGCAGCUUCCUGGUGCGCGACAGCAGCAAGCCGGGCUGCUACGCCUGCUCCGUGGUCGUGGACGGAGAGGUGAAACACUGCGUCAUCAACAAGACGAGCACCGGCUUCGGUUUCGCCGAACCCUACAACCUGUACGGCUCGCUGAAGGAGUUGGUGCUGCACUACCAGCACACGUCGCUGGUCCAACACAACGACUCGCUCAACGUCACGCUGGCCUUCCCCGUCUACAGCCAGCAGAGGCGGUGACGCCGCUGCCCCGCGGCCCGUCGUCGACCAGCAGCCGGACCAGCGCCCACCCGCCCUGACUAGUCUCGCCUCGCACCAACGUGUCACUGACCGCACGCCGAAACACGACUAUCUGACUUCACUUAACGAGGAGUGGACGGGACUCGUCACGGUCUAAAAAGAGAUUUAAAUUUCAAACUCAUUGUUAAAACGCUGACACUUAAAGGAAAAUCAAAUCCAAUCACAACCUUUGUAACGGACAAUCAGCGUACUGAGUUCUAAGAGUUGUCGUUUAACGUUAAAGCCCCAGUGUGUCAUUUUUGUAAUUUCCUGGCGCCAUCUGGUGGUAAAGUUGCUAAACCGCAACCAACCAGGUGACCGACAGGGGACACUUUAUGGUGACGCACCGCUGAUUCCAGUCCCGUCAGCAUCUUUAAAAUUGAACGUGAACGGGACGUAUUUUGGACCUUUUAGUUCAACAACCGUAUUCAACAGGACGUAGAAACAUGGAGACUCACACGGAGGUCGGUCCACCUCAUGGAACUAUAUUUAACUCAUAUAUGAACAGAGUUAUGGACAAUAUAUUCAAUUUCUGCUAAUGAGUUCUACUAAAUAUUACACACUGUAGCUUUUAAAAAAAUUGGACCAGUAGAAAACUAUUUUCGUUUAUGUAAAUCACAAUCGUCGGUGUGAUGAAAUAUAAAACGAUCUCUAGGCGACGGUUCAAGGUUGAGCGACCUCCCUCCGCCGAGGCUACCACCGUAUCACACCACACUAAAGAAAGAGGAAAAACAUUUCCUGGUUCUGCUUCAGGAUGUAAUGGGGUUCUGGCCCCGCCCCCUCAGGCCCCCCCUGAUGAGAACUAACGUCAUGUGCGAUGUAAUGGUUCAUUCUUCAGAUCCAAGUCCGAAGUUUUGUCUCUCAGAACUAAAAAAAAACUAAGAUUCAGGGUUCAAUUGCAUUUUUUUAAAUCUGUAAAUAUGAACGUCCUCGAGCUGAAACCAGGUGCUACGUUGUUCGUUAGCGUCUCUUUAGUUUUCCGAGGUUUGUUUCCAGAGUUCGGAGAAAACAAGGUACUGAGGCGUCAUAGCUGCUGGACGCAGGCGCUCCGGGUCAAAAUGGCCGACCGAGCUGCUGCUGCAGAUCGUGAGGAUGAUGAUGUCCGAUUAAAGACUUUUUAUGAAACACUGUGACUCAGAACGAGGUUUAAAAUGAGCCCCCCGCCCCCCCAGCAGCAGUAUUUUCCAACUUCCUCUUUCUUCAGGAUCCGUUCGGACGUUGAAGUCGCAGUUUUCACACCGCUUGAGACAGUAGUUUUUAAUUCUCUUUUCAGAGUGAACGAUUGCUUUUUAUUCUUUCAUUUCAACAAACGUCUUUUGUCCUGGAUCCUCAGAGACCCUCGAAGAUCCUCAAUGACCCUCGGAGAUCCUCAAUGACCCUCGGGGAUCCUCAGAGACCUAUAAUGACCCUCAGAGAUCCUCAAUGACCCUCGGGGAUCCUUAGAGACCUAUAAAGAUCCUCGGGGAUCCUCAAUGACCCUCGGGGAUCCUUAGAGACCUAUAAAGAUCCUCGGGGAUCCUCAAUGACCCUCAGAGAUCCUCAGAGACUUAUAAAGAUCCUCGGGGAUCCUCAAUGACCCUCAGAGAUCCUCAAUGACCCUCUGGGAUCCUUAGAGACCUAUAAAGAUCCUCGGGGAUCCUCAAUGACCCUCGGGGAUCCUUAGAGACCUAUAAAGAUCCUCGGGGAUCCUCAAUGACCCUCGGGGAUCCUUAGAGACCUAUAAAGAUCCUCGGGGAUCCUCAAUGACCCUCUGGGAUCCUCAGAGACUUAUAAAGAUCCUCAGAGACCUAUAAUGACCCUCAAGAUUCUCAAUGACCCUCGGGGAUCCUCAGAGACCUAUAAUGACCCUCAGAGAUCCUCAAUGACCCUCAGAGAUCCUCAAUGACCCUCGGGGAUCCUCAGAGACCUAUAAUGACCCUCAGAGAUCCUCAAUGACCCUCAGAGAUCCUCAAUGACCCUCGGAGAUCCUCAGAGACUUAUAAAGAUCCUCGGGGAUCCGCCUCUGAAGGAAAAACAAUGAACUGGAUCUGAUUUUGACUUUUGCAUCCAAAGGCUUCUGGAAACAUUCGACGUGGCGAUGCGACGCCCGGCCUAUGAUAAAAGAAUAAAAGUCUGAACCACAA